AAGGGAUCGGCAUAAAUAAUUACAAUUAAUUGGGAUUUAUUAAGCCCAUCCAACCCAAAAAAAAGGGAGAUUCGGGGGUUAGGCUUUCACACUUUUUUCUCUAAAGAAGGAGGACACGUCGCCAUAGUGAUAAACAGAGGACGGUACCGAAUCCUUCUGACAUCUCUUACCCUUCACUUGUGCCGCUAUUUAUACAAGUAUGUCCCUAUACAGACCUACAUCUCUUUGCUGCAUCAUUUCUCUCUUUUCUCUUCAAUUCUCUCAACCCCUCUCUUUCUCUCGAGAAGAGCCUUAACCAAAACCAAAAGCUAACAUGGGAAGAGUACCUUGCUGUGAUAAAAAUGGCCUCAAAAAAGGGCCAUGGACGCCGGAAGAGGACCAGAAAUUGAUCGAUUAUAUUCAAAAACAUGGUUAUGGAAACUGGAGGACACUGCCAAAGAAUGCUGGGUUGGAAAGAUGUGGAAAGAGUUGCCGUCUUCGAUGGACCAAUUACUUGAGGCCCGAUAUCAAGAGAGGAAGAUUUUCUUUUGAAGAGGAAGAGACAAUAAUUCAGCUACAUAGUAUAUUGGGGAACAAGUGGUCUGCCAUUGCUGCUCGGUUGCCCGGAAGAACUGACAACGAAAUAAAAAACUAUUGGAACACUCACAUUAGAAAGAGGCUUCUUCGAAUGGGAAUUGAUCCUGUAACUCACAGUCCUCGACUGGAUCUUCUUGACCUCUCCUCAAUCCUAAGCUCAUCUCUUUACAACCAAUCUCAAAUGAACAUGUCAAGGGCCCUAGGAGUCCAAUCCUUUGUUAACCCUGAGCUUCUAAGGCUGGCCACUUCUCUCAUGUCAUCUCAAACUAAAAACCAAAAUCAAAACCCGAAUUUCCUUCUUCAAAAUGUUGAAGAAAACCAACUUUGCAACUCCCAUGUCCAAAAGCAAUAUCAGCCGUUUAUGCAAUCUAACCAUCUUCCAACGCAAGUACAAGAAAUCCCAGCUUGUAUCUCGUUGAAUACUCCUUGUAGUAUUCAAUUUUCUGACGAAGCACAACUCAUAAGCCCCAAUGUGGACCACUUUCCAUCAAAUCUUACCGACUUAAGUGACUGGCAAGGCAAUGCGAUGCCUUCAAAUUUGACUGAAGAUUACGUGCCGCUACCGCCAAAGUAUAACUGUUACGGCUCUGGUCAUCAAACCGUCAUGGACCCUUCUUCCGAAACCUCAAAUUUCCCUUCCAACAACAGCAACCACAGCUUCAGCUUCGCGUCAGUUCUAUCGAGGCCUUCAUCAAGUCCAACUUCAUUGAAUUCAAAUUCAACAUACAUCAACAGUAGCUGCAUUGAAGACGAAAGAGAAAGCUAUUGCAGCAACAUUUUGAAGUUUGAAAUCCCAGAUAUUUUGGAUGUUAAUGAAUUCAUGUAAUUCCAAAAUCAAAACUCACAAACAAGAGUUUUCCCUUUCUGUCCAUUUUUCUGGGUUUUUUUCUUGGAUUCAGUGUGGGAUGUUGAUACAUGUAAAAUUUUCGAAUAUUAAUAAUUAAUUUGUUGUAUUUUUCUUAAGCUUACUGUAUUAGGAAGCAAAA